AGGGGAGUAGACGCCGCAAUAAUCCCCGCCCCCCAGAGAAACCGCCAUCAUGAAAUUGAAAACAAGAAACUAGAGGAGAGACGCGCAGUCCACUCUUCUUUACAACAACAAGGAUUAAUCAGACGGACUGAGGUAGUGCGAUAUGAGUGAGGUUGCGGAGGAAGCGAGGGACAGCUCUGCAGUGUCAGAGGAAGAAGUGGAUGAUCAGAUGGAGACGUCGCAGCAAGACCUGGCGAGUCCGAAGAAAAGCAGCGCCAAAAUAUCUGGUGAAAUCCUCGAAGGCAAGCGGGCAAAGAAGACAGUCGAGAGGCUCGACUUCCAGGCACCAAAGCAAAAGGAGAAGCUCAAGACUGGCGAUGGUAGCGGAGAUAAAUUAGGAGACAUUCCACGUAUCGGCUUCCAGAUCAAUAAGAUAAAGGCAGCUGACCUGAAACCUCUUCACGCCAUCCUGUUCGACAGACAGGGAAAGAUGGCCCUGUUAAAGAAGAACUUGCGUUUGUUUAACGGCUUUCCUUUUGACGCCGACAGCGAACAGUACACCAAGAAACGAGAAAAACUCCUCAAGAAUUCAAACUUGACCAACAGCAAACUGAAGGUUGUCUGUGGUGUUUUGGAUCUGGAGAAGAAAGGAAACCACGCCGAUCUGGUCGACAGGAUCCUGAAUUUCCUCAUUGAACCGAAAAACAGCGGGAAGCGUCUGCCCGUGAAGAAAAAGAGGAAAUCAAAGAAGAAACUGUCCGGCGACGACUCCGAGACCAGCACCAAGAGGAAGAGCAAACCCAAACCCAGAAGCUUGUCGUCCAGUCCCAAGAAGUCCAAAGCCGGAAGCAAGUCCAAAGCCAUCGUCAUGGACUCCAGCAGCGAUGAUGAUGAUGAUGGUGAGGAAGAUGAGAAGGCGCUGGCUUCAGCUGAGGCUGAGGGAUCGGACGCAGAGGACAAACCAUCCGAGAAAGAAGACGAGGACCACUCCGACAAGUCAGAGGAGUCUGCUGAGGAAGAGGAGGAGGAAGAAGAAGAGGAGGAUGAAGGCGAUGAUGAGUCUCCCAAAUCAAAGUCCAGCAGAGGGAAGUCUGCUUCCAAGAAGUCGGCCCCGGUGAAGAGACAGAAGCCGCCGGCAAAGAAGACGGCUCCUCCUAAAAAGAGAGCGAAGAAGGAAGUUUCAGACGCGUCCGAAUCAGACGCCGACAGUGAAGCUGAGGAGAAGCCCAAAAAGAAGAAAUUGACUCCAGCCAAACGUGCCGCCAAAACCAAGAAAGCCGACAGCAGCAGCAACAGAAAAAACAACACAAACACAGCCGAGGACAGUUCAGACGACGACGAGCCGCUCAUUAAGAUGGUGAAGAAGGCGCCGACAGACGAGCAGCUGAAGGAGACGGUGCAGAGUCUGCUGAAGGAGGCCAACCUGGAGGAGAUGACCAUGAAGCAGAUCUGCCAGAGGGUGUUUGACACCUACCCGGACCACGACCUGGCCAGCAAGAAGGACUACAUCAAACAGACUGUUAAAUCUCUCAUCACAUGAAGAUCUGAAGAAGAAUGAAGUUGUAGAAGCUGCAAAAACGUCACCGGAGGGAAAUCUUCAUUAGUUUCAUAAGUUUGUUUUCAUACAAAAUAGUUUUAUACAUAAUUGUUUUUUUCAUUAACGUGUGACUUGUGUAUAGAUUUUCAGCUUAACUCGACAGCAGUUAUCACCAGUUCAGUGUUUUCUGGCAAAGUUAGAUUUUAUGAGAAAUUAUGUUUUUUACACUUUCAGUGACCAGAAGUUCAAAUGUUUUCCUCUUUUAGUCGUCCCGUUUCAGCAGCAGCAGAAGAAAAGAGUCAGACUUCUCUUUAUCUUUGCUUUUCACUGACAGAAAUUUACCCUUUUUUUAUUUCUUUUAAGAUUUUGUAAAUAUGUUUCUAAUUAGGUGAAGCUAUUUUUUGAUUGACAAACUUUAACUCGUUAUUUUCUAGGUUUAUAGUUUUAUUUUUUUCCUUUUGGUUGUUUUUCUUCGUCAGAUGUUAAGUCAUUGUU